GAUUUUUAUGUGUUGACUGUUGAAUUUUAAUAUACUUAAGUAACAUGAAAAACAUUUAUAAAGUACUUAUGAGAACACAGUAUUAGUAUUAGUACAAAACGAAACUAACGUAACUAACAUCAGCCAUGUACAAAGUAGCUGGUUCAAAUUUGUUCGGCCAAUGGUUGCAUAAAGACUGUGUGUUUGAUCACUUUAGAUUAAUUAUAAAUAAUAAUAUAGAUAGUAAUUCUAGUCUUGCGUGUAUAAGCUGGUCUUAUAACCUUUUUCAAAUUAAGAAAGAUAUUUAUAUAUCGGGAGCCUUUAGAGGGAAAGAAGAACAAUUUGUAAAGUUAAAUUUACCUGAACAAUUGCAAGAUGGCCAUAUUUUAAUUACUGGGAAUGACUACCAUUUGGUCAUUGUCAAUAGUGUAUCAAAUAUCAUGUACAUACUUGAUCUUGGAACAGAUCAAUAUAAGGAAGUUAAGUUUGUUGAGAGCGUAAAUAAAGAUGAAAUAAGUGUAGUUAAGGUGGUUGCUACGAAUACUUCAUGUAUAUAUUUAACUAGUGCAGGGGAUAUUUAUUCUGGUAUGCUACCAAUACUGUUUGAUACCUGCUUGGAUGGUAAAGUUUUGGAUGUUGUUCUUGGAUAUGAACACUAUGUCCUAUUAACUGAAUCUGGUAAAAUAUUUACGUGGGGUAAUGGCCGGAGAUUACAACUUGGUCAUGGAGAUUUGAACAAUUUGGACCAACCUACCGAAGUGAAAGCUUUAGCUGGCAUAAAAAUAGUUAAAAUCAGUGCGGGAGGUUGGCACACUUGUGCAUUAAGUGAAUUUGGAGAUUUGUAUGUCUGGGGGUGGAAUGAUACUGGACAGUUGGGAGUAAAAGAAAGGCAGAAUGAAGAUUACUCUAGUUCAGAUUUUCAAAGCUAUGGCCUACCUAUACUUGUAGAUAUUUAUGAUGAUAGUGGGAGGGAAUUAGAUAUAAAUAUUAAAGAUGUUGCAUGUGGUAGCAGACAUACUGCUAUAUUGCUUGAAGAUGGUUCCAUUUGGACUAGUGGCUGUAAUAAAUAUGGACAGUUGGGAUUCUGUGUUGAAAGUAUACACAAAAUUGAUUUUUUUAGGAAGUCAUACUCUGAUGCUAAUGCUUUAUUAUGUGGUCCUUGGAGUACAGUUAUAAAAUAAG